AUAAGAACACUCAAGUUAUUUUUUCUGUUGAUGUUAUCGAUCGACAUGGCCUCUAGGCUUUACGUAAACACCACUGGAUUGUAUGGUUGGGUGCAACCAUACAAAGAGUUGCGGUAAGCAGUGACCACAGUUUUAGAUUAGUGCCGCAGAUGAGAUUAACCGCCCCGCCUCAAUCCAACUUUUGUUCUGCAAAACGACGAAGAUUUGAAGCUCACACGUGGUCUCCGUCCCACCACAUCCCUCCUGAAUACAUGAUUAUUCUUCUUCUUUUUUUCUUUUUUUUUCUUGACGAAGCAAUUAAGGAAAUAAAAAUAUAUUAUUUAAACACCUGUUCUGAAAACCACUAUAUAUCACAAACCAAAGGGCUACUCCAAAGAAUGACUCUUUGAAGUUUGAGCUCUCUCUACGGCUGUUUGGAUCCCAAGAGCUCCAUAGACAAGAUACCAGCGGCUAUAGAAGGAGGAGAUGUCUACCCUGGCGUCAGUAGAGGAUGCGAAGGUUCCUUUAUUGGAAGAUUGCGUUUCACUCGUCCCAUCGAAAGAUGGAGAAGAUGAUCAAGACCAAGAUCUCGCUCGGAGGGUUUGGAUCGAGUCUAAGAAGCUGUGGCACAUAGUGGGUCCUGCAAUCUUCAGCCGCCUCGCCUCUUACUCCAUGUUGAUCAUCACCCAAGCCUUUGCCGGCCACUUGGGUGAUCUUGAGCUCGCUGCGAUUUCCAUUGCCAAUAAUGUCAUCGUUGGCUUCGACUUGGGCCUCUUGCUGGGAAUGGCAAGCGCUCUAGAAACGCUAUGCGGGCAAGCUUUUGGGGCCAAAAAGUACAACAUGUUGGGUGUAUACAUGCAGCGAUCGUGGAUCGUUCUUUUCAUGUGUUGCAUGCUGCUUUUGCCUCUUUAUCUCUUUGCCUCUCCGGUCUUGAAGCUAUUGGGACAGCCUUCAGAUGUAGCGGAGCUAUCUGGGGUUGUGACUAUGUGGAUGAUACCACUUCAUUUUAGCUUUGCAUUUCAGUUCCCUCUGACGAGAUUCUUGCAGAGCCAGCUCAAAAAUGCGGUGACUGCGUGGGUGUCUCUGGUGGCACUUGUGGUGCAUGUGAUUCUAAGUUGGCUGUUUGUGUAUAGGCUUCAACUUGGAGUGGUUGGAAUUGCAGUGACUUUGAGCUUUUCUUGGUGGGUAACGGUGUUUGGGCUUCUGGGUUAUGCUGUCUGUGGUGGUUGUCCUCUUACAUGGACUGGUUUCUCCAUUGAAGCAUUCUCUCAUCUCUGGGAGUUUGUCAAACUUUCAGCUGCUUCCGGACUCAUGCUUUGCUUAGAGAAUUGGUAUUACAGAAUACUGAUAUUGAUGACUGGAAAUCUGCAGAAUGCUGAAAUUGCCGUGGAUUCUUUGUCCAUAUGCAUGGCAAUAAACGGAUGGGAGAUGAUGAUUCCUCUUGCAUUCUUUGCCGCAACCGGAGUGAGGGUGGCAAAUGAGCUUGGAGCUGGCAAUGGAAAAGGAGCCAAAUUCGCCACGACAGUAUCGGUGGUAACAUCAAUUAUAAUUGGUCUUUUUUUCUGGUUAUUGAUUAUGAUUUUCCACAAUGAGUUUGCGUUGAUAUUCUCUUCAAGCAAACCUGUCCUGGAAGAAGUGAACAAGCUUUCAGUCCUCUUAGCCUUCACUAUUUUUCUCAAUAGUGUUCAGCCAGUUCUCUCUGGCGUGGCUGUGGGAUCGGGAUGGCAAUCAUAUGUUGCCUACAUAAACUUAGGUUGCUACUAUCUGAUUGGGUUGCCUCUCGGAUUUUUCAUGGGAUGGGCCUUCCAUCUAGGAGUUAUGGGAAUUUGGGCUGGAAUGAUCUUUGGUGGGACAGCAAUUCAAACCUUGAUAUUGGCCAUCAUUACCAUAAGAUGUGACUGGGAAAAAGAGGCAGAGAAAGCUACGAUGCACCUAGUGAAGUGGGAGGCCAACACGAAGCAAGAACAGUAGUGUGGUUUUGAUAAUUAAUAACAUGCAUCCAUUAGGCGCAGGAUAUGGGCUCAUAUAUAGGUUGAGUUAUCUGAGUUGUAUUACAAUUCUCGUACUUCCAAUGGCUUUUGAACUUCAUUGGCAUUAAAAAGCCUCCUUGGUAAUUACCAGAUCCAUUCCUGAAUGAAAUUACAAGAGCACUUUAUUGUUUUUAAA